AUGUUUAAAGACAAAGGUAAAUUAAUUGAGGAAACUCAAUCAGAUUCAUCAGCUUGUGAUGAAGAAAAUGUUUUCAAAAACGAUGAAAAUCUUGUCGUUAGUGAAAAUGAAGCUGGUUUUUCAGCAGAUCUAAUGGUCCACCAGGAUAUGUUAGAUAAAAUUAAUAAAAUAAAUUUAAACCUGGAUAAAACCAAGGUUUUUAAAAUUCAGAGCUCUUUGUCAAAAGCAGUUCAAAAGGCGUUUAGACGCAAAAAUGAAAUUUUCUACUGUAUCUCUACAAAAGAAAUUUCUAUAGACAUCGCUGAUGUCUCCGGACAAGUUUACUUACCUCUCAUCACAAGAUCAGAGAUAAGGCAAAAGCUUGAAAAAAUUCCUAUUGAUAUUAGGAAAAAGAUCACUUUUGCACAUAUUGGUGCAAUCAAAAUUCUGAUCAAGGCGCAGUUUAGAAAUGGGAUUGACAGCCCUAUCAAGAUGGCGUUGGUUGACAACAGAAUUAACAACCGCAAGGACAGCCUCCUAGGCGCAGCACAAGGUAACUUGGCUUACGGUAAAUUUAUGUUUACUGUUUAUCCCAAAUUCGGAGUUGAUCUGAAAACAAAGAAUUUAAAUCAAAUCCUCAGCUUUGUUCAUAAGUUUGACAGAAGUGAUUUAAUGGAUAAAGGAGAUAUGGCUUUUUCCAUAACAUAUCUCGUGGGUUAUGCCCUAACAAAUAGUCAUCAUUCCAUUGACUAUAGAAAUAGUUCAACAAUCGAGAUUGAUGACUUAUUUCAAGAAAUUGGAUCUGUCCAAGAAAAUCACUUUUGUGAAAUAAAAAAUGAAAACACUGAUUGGAUGAUUAAUAUCUCCAAAGAGAAAAAUCAGUUUGGUGAUUCUUCCACCAUCAAGAUCAAAGAAAAUCAGGAUUUAGUUGAUAAACCCAGAUCUUCUACAACCAGAGAAAUGGUUAGAAAUAUUUCUCAAAGAAUUGACUCUAUGACCACUAUCCUAAAGGAUUUGACCGGUCAAUGA